GAAGUUUAUCGUGAAAUCAAAUCCAACUCCCGGGCAGUAGCAGCUUGCAUUCGUAGCUUCGAACGUGACCGAAAGACUGCGUCGUCCGCCGCAUCCGGUAAGCUCGGCGCACCGGAAGCCGAGACAGGAGCAGGAGGAUCAGCGCUCGCAAGCAGCAACACCAGUGGCCAUAAUAGUAGUGUAGGACUAGUUAAGGAGAGCAACGGUGGCGGUGGUGUGAAGGGUCUAGAACGACGCUACCAUUUGCUGUACUUGAAGGCGUUCGAGAUACAGUGUCUGCUCGAAGGACUGCUCGACAGCAAGACUUCGAGCUCCGACAAUAACGCUAGCCUGUCGGACACGGAUGAGGAGCCGGCCAGCAAGCUAGCCCGUGUCAGCAGCUCGAGCAACAAAUCCCAGAGUUCACUUCACAACGAAACGCUGACCAAUGAAGAAUGGGUUAAGAUAAAGAAGCUCUCCAACGCCGGGUUCGAUGCCGAUUCUGAGGGCAGCGACAGUGAAAUUGUGCCGAAAAUUAUCCCCUUCACUGGUUCAACGGUGAGCAACGGGAACGCAUACGGAAGUAGCAGCGGCAGUAGUACCAACAAACAGCAGCUGCCGCAGCAGCAGCAGCAAGAGCAGCCAGAGCAGACGGGCACCGGUCCCGUGGCAGGAUCAACGUCAGGACCACCGCCCGGUAACCCUAGAAUGGAAGCAGACAUUAGCAAUCUAUCGACAGCCACGAUCACUUCGGACGCUACCACGCUGACCUCCACCGCACAGGAAGCUUUGUUGAAGGAAAACAUUCUCAACAACAAUCACUGCGCAACCGCCGCCGGUGAGGACCAGGUUGAUGGGUGUGACUUGGUGGACGGUGUGCUGGACACGGUGAACAACAACAAUAACAGCGGCAGCGGCAGCAGUGCCAAGGACGAGUCCCUGCAAAGCGCCCAGUCACCCAUCAUCGAGCACACACCGAACCUGAAAACGUCCUCCCCGAUCGGUUCGCACAAAAGUUCGCACGUGGCCAAGGGAAAGCCCAAGCGCUCGAAAGUGAGCGAUUCGUCCAAGUUUAACCGCUCGAACCGAAAGUCGAAGAACUGUGCGAUCUUCUACUUUAAGCACCUCGACACGGACUCGGAGCUGAACAAGGAAUCGAGCGAACGGACCAAAUCGGACGAGUCGUCUUCCGGUGGCUCGGCCUCAUCGCAGUCCGCGUCCUCGUCCGAAGGGGACGACGAGUGGGUUUACAAUAAUGGCGCAGAAGGUGACCAGAAUGGGAAUGGCGCGCUGAGCAAGAGUAAAGCGGGCGAAGAAGAAGAAGACGAAAAGGAAAACCAACCGGAUGCAGCACGGCACGGCCGUAACGGCAAGCCCGAGGACGUGUCCCACCCCGAACAACCCACGAUGACUGCCGGUGGCCGGGAGCUAAAGUCGAAGAAGUGCCUUGACUUUGGGCGAGAAUCCGCGGCGAAACGCGACGGAACGGGGCCGAUUCGUAAUGGACGCUCGUUGAUGAUGACAUCGAUCGGCAGUUUUGGCAAGAGCUCGGAGGGCAAGAAGGCAGCUGGCAAGCACCCGCAUCAUCAUCAGCAGCAGCAGCAGCAUCAGCAACAGCAGCACCAACCCUCGCAGUAUGCGACCAGCUCGAUUCAAAGGUUAGUGCUGCAUGCCGAGACGCUGGUGCGUGACGAAAUUUUGGCCAAAAGUGCGGCCGCCAAAGCCGCAGCCGCUGCCGCCGUUGCCGGGUGCACGCCGAAAACGGUGGUGAAAAACCCGCACUACUACAACCACCAUCACCACCAUCAUCAUCACAACUACACCACGAACAACAGCAACAGCAGUAACAAUAGCAACACCAGCGCUGGCCAUCAGCAGCAACAGCAGCCGCCAUCGCCGCCGCAGUUGCAGCCAUCGCAGCUCGCGUUACCACAGUCGUUAGUGCUGCUGUCGGGGACGGUUCCGGGUAUGGGUCCUAUUGGCCCGCGAGAGCUUCACACACGACGUACCGCGGCGCAAAACCAUCACCAUCACCACCAUCAUCACCAUCAUCAAAGUCACGGUCGAAAGGCGGAGAAAGCGAUGAGCAACCUGAAGAUGAAUCUGAUCGAGGAAUGGCUCGAGAAGCAACCGCUCGAUGCACCGGUGUCGGCCCCGCUGCUCCCGACGUCCGCCCCGACCACCGACUGCGAGGCGUCGGGCGAGUACACGGACUCGGACUCGAUCGCACGCGACACGGACAGCUCGGAGGGGUUGGCCAACUCGGUGGCCACCUGUCUGCAGGGUGGCGAGGGUGCCACCCAAACGUCCCAGGAGCUGCUGAACGAUGGCGCAACGUCGUAUCCGUCGGAGAACUCGAACGAAGUGUCGAACGACGACGAGGGUGGCUCGCGACCGCGACCAACCGGCGACGGCGCCCGCGGCACGGUGGCGAACAGUGGCCUGAUGAGCACCUCACUUCCGACGAUGAUGCGUAAUGAGCCGCCGAGUGGCGGUGGAAGCGCCACCGCCGGGACGACGGUCGUGAAACGCCGACCCCACAGGUCAGCGGCCGAUCGGCCGUGGUCGGUGUCGUGCAUGUCGCAACUGAACGCCUCGUCCGUGGAGAUCAACCAGUACGGGGACAGUGCGGGCGGUAGCGGUGGUGUUUGUGCUACCGACAGCGGUGGAAGUGGAGAGCUACCGAAUCACGCCGGCAGUGGCGGUGAUCAUGCAAACGCUGGCGGCGGCAGUGGUGGUGGUGGUGCUCAGUCAGGUCCAACGGGCGGCGGUCUCCCGCUGAAGGAGCGCAACUUCUCCAUCAGCGAAUCCGCGCUGCACACCAUGUCGAGAGGGGGCAGCGGCGGCGGCUCGAUGGGUGGCAGCCGCAGUGGCAGCAUGAAACCGACCUCCAGUCAGCAAACUGUCGUCCGCAACUCCGAAAGCAAGGGUUCGCUGAAGAAGCGCAAGUUGCGGCCACGUCGUAAGAAUCGUAUCGAUGAGUCCGGUUCGGAUGAGUCUCAGCCACCGGCGCACAGCCCCUCGACGUUACAUCUUCUGCAGCAAUCGCUGCUACUGCACUGUCAACAGUACAACGCCCUAACCGGCCAAGGUGGUGGCCAGCAGCCGCUGCGCGAGAUUCAGCUGUCCGGCACCGACGGAAGCAACAGUAGCCUGGCCGGGCUCGGUAGCCGACGGUUGCUCAAAUCGCUAUCCUUCUCCGGUCGGCUGCGCCUCUCGGACGAUCUGCUCACCCUGUCGUCGCUUUCCGGUUCCUCGUCGCGCAAAUCGUCCUCAGUUCGGCCAUCCGCUGGUGGUGGUACCGAACGACGGUCGACGAAGAAAUCACAGGACAGCGAGGAAGAGUUCGGUGUCUGCCCGAUGGCGAAGCCCGAGUUUCGUAUCGGUUCGCUAACGCGAACCCGAUGCGGAAGCCUCAAUCUAGGAUCAUUAGCGGCGCUCGCUAAUUAUAAUCUAGAUGGUGUGGAGAAGGGCCCGGAAACCGAUCUGAACGGUACCGGCACCGGUACGGAGGAGAUGAGCAGCUUCUCGGAGCAAGCGUGGGACAACUACCAGGAGAAGUACAUGUCCGAGCCGUACUCGGAGGACCGGGACACGGACGCCGCCCGGCGGUUGCUCGACUUUGGCGACGAUUACCGCAACUUUAUCGACUCGCAGUCGGACUGCGCGUCAUCGUCGCUGUCGGCGGCGAACAUGGACUCGCUGUCACCGCCACGGUUCCGCAACAAGGCGGAAUCGCUGAACAAAUCGGACACGAACACCAAUUCGCUGAACCGCCGGAAGCGGCUCGAUGAGUACCGGAUGGACGAUCGUUACGGCAACAACAUGAACUCGUGGUCAAGCAAAUCGGGCAGUCCGCCACAUUCAACGGUCAACGGAGGCGCUCGUAAGCAUGGGGCCCUGUCGUUCCUGGACUCAACUCCGCUGGCAACGAUGCUGGAGACCAGUGCCGGGGCAAGUGCAGUUGCAGGGCAGAGUAGCAGCGCCGGUGGCGGCGGUAGUGGCCGGCGUCGUUCACUGCGGUCGGUCGACAAGCAUAACGCGACCUUCGUGCGCUCGGUUUCACACGAAACGAGCAGCAGCUCGAACAACGAGUUCGACGAGGACAUGGAGGCCGAAGUGAAGAA